AUGGCUGCCGCUGUACAUCAACUUCCGCCAAGCACUCGCGUGCAAUUUUCGAUGCCCAACAGAACAAUUUUCAGUUGGACAGACUGCGUGCAGGUCAUGGCCCUGAGCGACAUGGAUUUACUUCCCCUAAUAAAAGAAUGUGACUGCGCCAUUGCUGUUCUAAGAGAGGAGAUUGAACGACGACAGAAGCAAGGCAACUUACAGCGAGGACUGCCUAUUACAUCGGAAUGCUUAAGAGUUUUCAAACAAUGUGCAGGACGCCCUCUUGAACCUGUGGAAAUUGAAGCUCAAGCCUCCUUGGAUUCAACGAAGUUGAUCCUUGGACGAUUGACUGGGAGGUGUCUCCCAUGGAUAUCUUCGGGCAGGCUAUCCCUUGGUGAACAAGCGAGCAUCGUUCGCCUUGUUCUCAAUCUAGCCACGUAUUAUCACACAAGCAAUCUGACUCCAGAAUGCCAACCGAAUGAUCGGGAAGGUUUUAGCGUUCCACAUGCGCUUCCUGAUACAGCCACACGGACAGCAGCGCUUAUAUUCUUCGCCGGGAAUGACGUUCCCGAAUGUUUCCUCGACACCCGAUGUGUUUUGUGGUCUGAGGACGGCGAGAUCUCCGCCUGCACUGUGAACUCCAAUUUCAUUGAUGAUGGGUUAAAGUGUCUCCAGCAAUUUGGUUUACUUAUCAAGCGAGAGGGCGAAGGCGGAGCCAUGUAUUCAUACGACUCAACGAAGAAAAAGCCUGCGAAGCACUUACCAAAAAAAGACCUCGCCAGCUUGCGGUUGGAAGCAUUGAAGCACGUAUGCUACAUCUUCCCAAAGGAUGGUCAAACAGAACCUCAUAAGUAUACACAAAAAGGAUAUGCAUUGUUGCCAGUUCUCCGCCGAUGCGUGCCCUAUAUGUGGUGUGAUUACGAAUUAUGGAGAGAUUAUGCUUUGCUUUCUUCGGCCUUCGAGACGUUCCUGUCUGCCACACAAUUUGGUGACUUGACUUGGAAGAUUCAAGCUAUACGGGUGGCCGAGGAACUGGCAAUCCUCAUGAAGGACAGCGUCAACCUCGCAAGAGUAUCGUUUCGGCAUUUUGCCCUGAGAAGACUCCAUUUUGCUGGGAAACUGACAACAGAUUCAUCACUAUUGCACCAAUUUCCCUCACCAGAUUACAUCAAAACAUAUGAUAGGCGCUCGAACGCCUUCAUGGGCCAACUCGUUCUGAUUGUAACUCAAACGUUGAUCGAUAGAUCAGCAACUUCCCAAGACGUGUACACUUCGACACAGAAAUUCCAAGCGCUUCCGGGGACAAUUUCUCUCCAAGAGAGUCUGGUUAAACUGGAGGCGGAGUUUCUCUACGCAAAAAGUCUUCGAUAUGAAGGGAAUUUCACUGCUGCCGUUGAGGCGUUUCGGGGACUCCUCAGGCAUGCCGUGGACCUCAAGUCAAGGCUCACUUUAAAAAUCAUUGUCCAGUAUGGUGAGCUGGAGAGUGAACGGGGUCACCACUCUUUCGCGCUCCAGCUUCUGAAGCAGGAUGAGGAGUUUGUUAAAGGCAUACACUCUCUUAAGCUUGGAUCCGGUAGACGGCUCAGUUUAUCCCUCGCUUAUGCACAUCUCAUGGAAGUUCUUCACAGCAUCGCGCAGAACGAUUAUAGAUAUGAGGUCAUCUUAGAUCGGGCGGAGUAUAUGUUUCAAUGGCUAGGAAGUACAUAUGAGAAAAUGGGCCAAGUUGGUCGCACUGUCCAGCAGAGCAUCUUUCAAACACGGUGUGGUUUGGCAAUCAUUCACCACAUUCGCCAGAAACUGUCGCUUGCAUUUGAUGUCUGGGAGCAAGCGAAGUCCGCUGCUGGCCUUUGUUGGCCGGACCAAGGAUAUGCUUUCAUGAUCACAACAUAUUCUCAGAGCCAAUUGGCCUUUGUACUUCAUCGCUCGGAUGCAACGCAACUUCGCGAACAAGCUGAGCAGACUUGGAACGAGAUAAAGCACUGUCGAUACUAUAACUUCAUCGGAUUGGGAACAAUAUGGCCUGACCUAGUGGGUGAUUGGGAAGAGAAACAAUCACGCUCUCGCAUCAUCCCUCGAUUACGUACAUGA